GCACUCGAACUAAUUUGCCGCACCGACUGUACUGUCACACUCCCGCAGGGCAGCAUCUUCUUGGUUUGGGACGCACGUAUAUCUGGAUUAUCUCCCGGUGGUUUGACACAGCUGCUGUUAGCUCUUACUGACCAUUUUAUCAUGCGAGUUUUUACUUGAGAAAUUCGUAUUUGUUGUGUGUUUAAUCGGAAGAAAAUUGCUUCGAUUCAAGCAAAAACUCCAAUGCUAGAUUCAGCAAAGAUGAGCAAUAACGGAAUGGUAACAAAAAUCCACACGAGGAUAAGAUCUGACCCGUUUACAGCCAAUUACGAUCUGGUCGGCAGAGAACUUCUGGGCAGGGGAAAGUUUGCAGUGGUAAAAAAGUGCAUUGAGAAGGCAACAGGGAAGCAGUGGGCUGCCAAGUUUCUGCGAAAGCGCCGGAAGGGUGAGGACUGCCGCAUGGACGUCUUAAACGAGAUCGCCGUGCUGGAGUCAGCCAAGGCAAACCCCUAUGUGGUUGCUCUGCAUGAGGUCUACGAAACCAACAACGAAAUCAUCCUCGUUCUGGAGUGUGCCGCCGGUGGUGAAAUCUUCAACCAAUGUGUUGCUGAUAGCGAUGAGGCCUUCAAUGAGAAAGAUGUAAUCCGGCUGGCCAAGCAGAUCCUGAAUGGAGUAGCCUUCCUACAUCGGAACAAUGUGGUGCAUCUGGAUCUGAAACCCCAGAACAUCUUGCUGACCUCUGCUAGACCUCUGGGGGACAUUCGCAUUGUGGACUUUGGCUUAUCCAGACGCAUGGACAAAAUCACAGAACUCAGGGAGAUCCUGGGUACCCCAGAGUAUGUUGCACCAGAGAUCCUGAACUAUGAACCCAUUAGCACCGCAACGGACAUGUGGAGUAUCGGGGUCCUGACCUACGUCAUGCUGACGGGCGAGUCCCCCUUCCUGGGUGACGAAAAGCAGCAAACAUUCCUCAACAUCUCUCAAGUCAACGUAGACUAUUCGCAGGACACGUUCGAGGGGAUCUCCUCCCUGGCUGUUGACUUCAUCAAGUCCUUGUUGGUUAAAAACCCCAGGAAGAGAGCCACUGCAGAAGAAUGCCUCAACCACCCCUGGCUGAACUCACUCCCCCAUCCCCACUCCCACCCGCACCUCCACACCAGGUCGGCCUCCUCCCUGGACGAGCCGGAGUUGAGCCAGUCGGAGUCAGAGCCCGAGAGCCCGGUUCCCUCCCCCGAGCUGGACUUGAUCGGUUCGUACCUCACGUGCCCGGGCCAGGGUGGGCUGAAGACAGGCCGUGACACCUUCUCCUUCAGUGAGCCCCCCUUUCCCACGCGGCCCGAGAUAAAGCAGGAACUGAUCUGCUGAACGACGUUUUGCCAGGUGGAGAGAGACUGUGCAAAUUCAAAUUCCACGGAGCAGAUACUGAAAGCCAGUGAGCCCGCAGCUUCUUGGUCUUGAUCUGACUUAGGGCCACGCUAUAUGGAUGCUGUAUGCCUGCUGCUGGCUGCUUCUACUGCUGUGAUGUCUGUGAGCUGAGCUGUGUGUAGUGUAAUACCUCUGCAUCUGUUUGAAUAAUACACGCUUCCCCGUGCUGAUUUGAUGAUUGUACGGAAGGAAUGUGAGAGGAACAAAGAUGCAGGAGAAAGGAGUGAAGACAUAAAGGAUUUUCGUCACAGGACUGCACUGCUGCCUUAAAAGUGACAGGGCCUAGCUUAACACUGUGGCUAGGAUACUCCUGCACGCACACUGAUUUCUCUUUUUACCCAAUUAGCCUUUUGAACUAGGUUUCAGAGGAGAGGCAGCCUUGGGAAAUGACAUCAUGAAAACAAGUUAUGCUUCAGCUGACCCAGACAUAUGUUCUGGGAUGGGUUUUGUUGAAGGGUUUUGACAGAUGGUUGUAUUUAACAAUGAGAAUUAAAGUAAAGGACAGACCCUUCGCUGUAGCCAGACUGUUCCACUGUUUUAUGUGUUUUAUUUAUGUGUAUUUGUUAUACCACUUCACCCCCUUAAAUACACAAAACCACAUCAACGCCUGAGUUUAAGAUGGUAAUAGUAGCAUUUUUUUUUUUUUUCCAAGGACAAUCUCAAGCACUUUUUAUUUAGUUAUUGGACUUCCAUGUAAUAGUAAGAAACCAAAGGCUAUUCAAGCACAGUCAGCUGUCACACAAUGUACUGUACAUAUUAAACAUUUUCCACCACACACCGUUUUUUUCACAUUACCUUUAUGUAAAAAGUGCCAAUUUUUUUGACCUCACUUCUUUGUAAAUAGUAGUUUUUCUUUUGUUUUGUUGGCUAUUACACAAGUUGCACAAGUACCUUUUUUUUAAUUUUUUUUUUAACUUAACUGCGAGGUUGACACAAGAUUUAAGGCUCUUAAAAUAUUGUGAAAAUACCAGUCUUGGAAAGAGGGAAUGGCAGGGGUUAAAAGCAA